UCUACGUACGAGAGGACGAUGUCGGUGUGAGCGCACGCACACGCUGAAAAGAACAAGGGUCUGCCUCAUUUGCAGACUGUGACAUUUAGAUCGUGUCCCGCCUACAAGGCGUGGAGUCGUGUCUCCUUUCCACAAGUCUCUCACUGGGGACGGAGGGAUUACCGGGUGGACCAUAGAUGGCCCGGACACGGGGGAUUCUUUCUUCGUUUUUCCUGUAGGGUGCUUUAACCACAACACACAGGUAUGCCACCCCCGGCUGACAUUGUGAAGGUUGCUAUUGAGUGGCCCGGUGCCAAUGCUCAGCUUAUAGAGAUGGACCAGAAGAGACCCUUAGCCUCUAUAAUACGGGAAGUAUGUGAUGGGUGGUCUUUGUCGGGCUCUGAGCAGUUCGCUCUCCGUUAUGCUGAUGGUCCUCAGCUUUACAUCACUGAACAGAGCCGCGGUGACAUUAAGAAUGGGACAAUCCUUCGAUUAGCAAUUUCCCCAGCUCGUGCUGCCCGUCAACUCUUGGAGAGGAUCCAGUCGCAUGGUAUUGAUGCUCGCCUCGAGGCUCUGAAGGAGCUCGCAAAGUUGUCCGCAGACCCGACUUUUGCUGCAGAGUUCAUAAAUAUGGAAGGCAUAGGGACUCUGGCUCGACUUGUCGAGAGCGGCACGCACUUUGGGGAAAUGUUGGCCUUCACUCUCACUGCGUUCCUGGAGUUGAUGGAUCAUGGCAUCGUAUCCUGGGAUAUGAUCUCCCUCUCCUUCAUCAAACAGAUUGCAGGUUAUGUGAACCAGCCCAUGGUGGAUGUGUCCAUCCUGCAGCGCUCCUUGGCCAUCCUGGAGAGCAUGGUCCUGAACAGCCACAGUCUCUACCAUCGCGUGGCCCAGGAGAUCACCGUGGGACAGCUCAUCGGGCACCUGCAAGUGUCAAAUCAGGAAAUCCAGACCUACGCCAUCGCUCUCAUCAACGCUCUUUUCCUGAAGGCGCCAGAAGAUAGACGGCAGGAGGAGUAUACUAACCCACUGGAGCAGCACCUCACUGAAAUGGCAAGCACUUUGGCUCAGAAACACUUGCGGUCCAUAAUCCUAAAUCACGUCAUCAGGGGAAAUCGACCAAUCAAAGCAGAGAUGGCACAUCAGCUGUAUGUGCUACAGGUGUUGACCUUUAACCUUUUGGAAGAAAGGAUGAUGACCAAAAUGGAUCCCAAUGACCAGGCUCAGAGGGACAUCAUUUUUGAGCUGCGUAGAAUUGCCUUUGAUGGAGACACUGAUCCCACCGGUACAGAGAAGAGGAAAGCAAUGUACACCAAGGACUACAAGAUGCUCGGGUUCACUAACCAUUUGAACCCAGCCAUGGACUUUACCCAGACUCCUCCUGGGAUGCUGGCUUUGGAUAAUAUGCUUUAUCUGGCCAGGGUUCAUCAGGAUACUUACAUCAGAAUCGUGCUGGAGAACAGCAGUCGGGAGGACAAGCAUGAGUGUCCCUUUGGCCGCUGUGCGAUCGAACUUACUCGAAUGCUGUGUGAGAUUCUCCAGGUCGGAGAACUGCCAAACGAGGGCUGCAAUGAUUAUCACCCCAUGUUCUUCACUCAUGACCGCGCGUGGGAGGAGUUCUUCUGCGUCUGCAUCCAGCUGCUUAAUAAAACAUGGAAGGAGAUGAGAGCCACGGCGGAGGACUUCAACAAGGUGAUGCAGGUGGUCCGGGAACAGAUUACCAGGGCUCUGGCUAUGAAGCCGUCCUCCAUAGACCAGCUGAAGAACAAGCUGCGAGGCCUGAGCUACUCUGAGAUACUGCGUCUGCGGCAGUCAGAAAGGAUGAGUCAGGACGACUUCCAGUCUCCGCCCAUCAUAGAGCUGCGGGAGAGGAUUCAACCCGAGAUCUUGGAGCUCAUCAAGCAGCAGCGGCUCAACCGGUUGUGCGAGGGAAGCUGCUUCCGUAAACUGGGAAACCGUCGAAGGCAAGAAAAGUUCUGGUUCUGCCGAUUAUCUCUUAACCACAAAGUUCUGCACUACGGGGAUUUGGAGGAGUCCCCUCAGGGUGAAGUGCCUUUUGAGCUACUUAGUGACAAGAUCCCUGUCUCAGAUAUCAAGUCUGUGUUAACAGGAAAAGACUGCCCUCAUAUGAAGGAGAAAAGUGCUCUAAAACAAAACAAGGAGGUGCUGGAGCUGGCCUUCUCCGUCCUCUACGAUCCGGACGAAACGCUUAAUUUUGUUGCACCGAACAAAUAUGAGUAUUGUAUCUGGACCGACGGGCUGUGUGCGCUGCUGGGCAGAGAGAUGGGCAGUGACCUGACACGCAGCGACCUAGAUACCCUCAUAAGCAUGGAGAUGAAGCUCCGCCUCCUCGACCUUGAGAACAUCACAAUCCCUGAAGCCCCGCCUCCAGUGCCAAAGGAGCCUAGCUCUUAUAACUUCACCUACAACUACAGCUGAGUUGUGCGUAUGCUUCUGUGUGUGCUCGAAUGCCAUGCAUGCAUGUAUUGAUAAAAGAUACGUUUACUCAUCUGUUGAUGAAUUUAGCUGCUUAUAUUGAUAACAGUUGAUUUUGUUUUCCAGAACUUUACACACACACGUUUAAGAUGCAGUACGGUUGUCAGAAAAAAAAAUGUGAUAAUAGCUUUAUGGUGAGGCCAGAGGUUAAACUUUACUUGACAGUUGAGAAACCCGACAGCAUCUUCAUCUCCUCAAAUUCACAGGCAGAAUUUAAACUGGAGCUUUUAGUUUUUCAGUAAAAUGAAGGCGUUCUUGCUAAGUCAAGCUAUGCGUGGUAGCCAUGGCAACUGGUAAUGAAGGGCCUACACUUUCAGUUUAAAUGUUUAAAAUUUGCUGUGAUACUGCUCGUUCCUCCACUUGUACAGUAAAAUACAAUCAGCUCUACACCUUUUCUCCAUUAUUGCCUCAUUAAUAUCAAGCUAUAAACAUAUUGGCUCAUAAUUCAGAUGGACAGCUUUCUCUGUAGCAGCCUGUUUCUGCUAUGAAAUGAAAUGUUCAUGUGCUAGAGAACCCUUCUGACAGGGAUUAAUUUUUGUCGACUAUAAAUAUCAGGACUGGCACAAGUCCAGGUGCUGAAACCUGCAUUUGUGUCUUCACAAAGUUUGUUGUUUUUCUGAGCAUUUGCUGAAUCUGCUGAUUCAAAGCCCAAAUUGGAUCACACAAACAAUCAAAACCGGACUAAAUUUGGUAAUUGUUACUGGAUGAGGGCUGGUAGUAAACAGUUACCAGCUCAAAGCUGAGUUUACACACCUGGUGCCGCUGAUCGCUGAUGCUGCCUGAAUUAACUUCUCACAUUUUCCUUGGCUGCUCUACAGUAUUAACUCGCAAAAGGGAUUCAUUUACCUAAUUCAGCUUUCAUUCUUUGUGUCUGAGUGUGGGGAUCUUCAGAUUUUUGUGUGUGUUCAUAUUGGUUCCCAAACUGUGGUACAAACACCAGUAGUGAUGCAGUCACUCCAAAAAGUUUUAGUACCUCUGGUAAACUGGGUUUUAUGAGCUUGGUCUUUAUUACCAAUAUAACUUGGUGCAGCAUGUUUCUGAACAUAUGACAAACCUGCUUGAUGCAGUUGUAACAAACAUAAAGAUAUUUUAGCGGAGAACAUUUCUGUGUAUGAAGUAGAGAUUCACCAAUAAAUCUACCAACGAUUAGGAUCUGGCUGUUUUCUAAAGACAAAAAAACAGUUUUUUCCUACUUAUGAAAUGUCUUUAUUGACAUACAGUAUGCUUUGACACAUAAAUUACAGAAUAUUUUCUGUAGGAUUUUAAAGUAAGGCCUCCGUCAAAGAACAGCACAUUUGUUAAAUCUAUAAGAUCUUAUAGUCCGUAGAAUAAGAAAAUCUUUAUCAAUCAAAAUUAAAAUUUGGAAGUCAGACUUAAAAAAAACUGGAAAUUGGUAUCAGCCAAAAAAACCCUAAUUUCUCUAGAGGUUAGCAAGAGUAAUACAUAAAUUACACAGCAUGAGUUUAUAAUUUACUUCCAUAAUUAACAGCUUAACAGAGUUAAAAAGUAUUAAUGUAUUUUGUCAGUUCUCUGUUGCGUAUAAGAAAAAAGAGAAAACAUUUCUUAUGGGUAAAUUACUUUAAUAUUUGAUAUCAGAUGACUACAACUACAUCAUGCUGGAUAUAAAGUAGGUAAAGAUGGUUUUUAAUAUAAAUACUAUGUGGUGUUGUGUUUUCGCAACUUAAAGCAUGGCGUUUGAGUUUGCAUCAUAAAGGGGUGCAAACUGAACAUUGCUUAAAUGAAGGAAGCCGCUUAUAUUUGUUUUACUUAUUUAGCAGUUUAACAGUCUGCUCUCACUGCAUAGACCAGGGGAUUUAAGGAGCUUCUCUGCAAUCUACUAUUGAAACUCUGCUAGAUUUUCCAAUCCAAUAAAACUCAAACUUUCCAAAAAGUGAAUAAGUCUAGUACUGCUCAUGCAUCACAUGAACACAGGAUUGUGUUCUUUAUAUUUAGCAGUGUUGUCAUUUUCAAUUUCCCCGUAGUUCCUGGUUAUGGUCUUUUAGCUUGUGAGCCGAUACUCAGCGCUGCUACUAUUUGUUAAAGCUCUGUAGAAUUAUAUUUUUGUAAAUGGCUUUACCUUCUUGUCACUAGAUGGUAGCUAUAACUCUCAGUCUUCUUUCCAGUAUUUCCAAGCUUAAAUAUUAGUUUUUUCAGGCUUCAUUUCCCCUUAGCAAUGUUAAAAUGAAGAAUACAUUUCUAAAAAUAAAUUGCACAAAGAAGCAGAAUUAUUCUGUUUUACAUAUAAAAGAUGAACAUUGUCAUAUUUUUACCUAAGUUUCUACCUAAGUUUGAAAAUCUGAUUUAUGGCGGCAAACAAUUUGCUAUAAGUUGCACAUACACAGCGCUGAAGUGUUUGUUUUUUCAAUUUUCCUCUGAGUUCAAACAGAUUUACUAAAUGAGCCCCUUGCUGUAUCAAAGAACAUAGCAAUGUUCAGAUUGCAACCCCAAACUCAAAAUGUAAACAUUUAUCAUGUUUAAGACGAUUUAAGUCUGUGAAAUUAGACUUUUAUAAUGUGAAGGAACCCUGUGUGUUUUUUGCAUUCAACAUGCUCAGUAUACACUGAAACAAAUCCAUUAUAUUGUUUUUUAAGGGCACCAUCACCAGGACCUACUGUAACUAUGAUGUCAGCUUGUGUCAAUAAUCUGUGUAGCUGUUGAUGCGAGUGGGAAUAGCAGAAUUCAGCCUGUAUGCGAUUUGCUUUUUUCCAAGUUUGUUUUUAAUCUGAUUUUGGAAAUUCAGAGGGUUUAAAAUUGGGUUGUGGCACCGAGAGUUUCUUAAAAGCUGUACAUCUUCAUCAUCUAAACAUGUGCUCUGUAAAAGAUGCAGUGUGCUCCAGGCCUGUGUGUUUACCAAAUGCUUUUCUAAUUAUAGUGAAUUGUGGGAAACAAGCUGACUUGCUCUUCCUUUUAUUAAUUCUACCUAAAGCAUUGUUCUCUUAGCUCUCUGAGCCUCCAUGCCAGCCCAUAAUCAAACCAGUAACUGAACCAGUUGACGAUGUUCAGGCAUCAACUUCUGUUGCAAAAAUAACCAUUAUCUUCUACAAUAACUUUUGCCUCGAAUGAACAAAAAAUUGACAUUUUUAGAUCCAUUAACUGUUUUUACAUGACUUACUUAAAAAAAUGUAUUUACACUAUGUAGUGCUACUAAAGAAUGAAAGAGUUAUAUAAAUAUUUGAAUAUGGCAUACAUAUAGAUCAUUCUAUGUAUAUACAGUAAUGUCUUGCCUUAUUGAAGAGUUGUAUUAUGUUUUGUGUGAAUAAAGAAGUCCUAACUGAUG